AUGAGAUCUUGGGUAUCCACCUCCUUCGGCAACCCCCGCAGCGCCCUCUCACUCCUAUCCGAUAUACCGCUCCCUACCCUUCCCGUCAACGCGAACAACGCUACUCCUUCCCCCACCCACCUCCUCCUGAAAGUCUCCCACGUCACUCUCAACCCAGCCGACCUAGUCACCAUCAAGCUACUCCCGCCCUGGCUUCCCUUCCGCCGAUCACCGGUGCCGGCACUGGAUUUCGCGGGGGAGAUUGUUGCCAUCAGUGGGGGUUCUUCGUCUCCUACUCCCGGAGGAGGAGAAGAGACCAAGGGAGGCGCUAUUAAGGAGGAAGAGGGAUGGCAGGUCGGAGACCGGGUCUGUGGCGCCGUCGGGUUGAAGGAUGUUGCGCGGGGAAAGGGCUCGUUGGCGGAGUAUAUCGUUGUUGAUACCGGGUUGGUCAGCAAGGUUCCCUCGCUUCCUCCUACCUCUACCUCUAGCGGUAAAUCCGCCAGUGGUGAUGGAUCUGUGUGGGAGGGUGCGGGCGCGGCUGGGACGAUGGGUAUCGCGGGCCAGACGGCGUGGACGAUGGUGAGGAAGGCGAUGGGGGUGGAGAAUGGGAGUGCUGUUUUGGCAGCGCUUGCCUUAGGGAAGGGGGAGAAGGGACUGGAGGGGAAGAGGAUACUGGUGAGCGGUGCGAGUGGUGGUGUGGGCACGAUUCUGCUGCAGAUUUGUAGGGGGUUGGGGGCUGAGGCUGUCGUGGGCAUCUGCUCGGGCGCGAGCGAGGAGUUGGUUAAGAAGUUGGGGGCUCACGAGAUCGUCGAUUACCGCCAACACUCCCCCCUUGAACCCCAUCUCGCAACUACAUUUGCCGACUCCCAAUUCGACGUCAUCUUCGACUGCGUCGGCAACCAGUCCUUGUACACCAACUCCGCCAAAUACCUUAAACCAGACGGCAAGUUCAUCAGCAUCGUUGGCGGCAUGUCCCAAGGCGUUGUGCCUUAUGUCCGCAACAAGAUCCUGCCCUUGUUCUUCGGGGGUACCUCGCGCAGCUAUGAACUCUUCCUACUGAGCGCAGCGGGGGAAACAGCCAAGGAGGUAGCUGCGCUGGUGGAAGCGGGCGUGAUUACGGAGAGCCUCAUCGAUGAAGAAUUUCCGAUGGAGAAGGCGAUUGAGGCAUUCGAGAAGCUGGCUACCAAACGUGCAAAGGGGAAGAUCGUCAUAAACGUCACGGAUAACUAA